GCUGAGGGGUCCAGGAGAUGAAUGAAGAGAGUCGUGGUCGUAAGGCCGUGCCGUGGCGCCCCGCGUCCCGAGGCGGAGACGGACCAAGGCGGCGUAAACAAUGUCUGAGGAUGGAGGGCGAGAAUGUCAAGUUAUCGGGUCUUUUACGAGACAAAUACGUGCUAGUUUUACUCAUUCUCGUGUUCAUCAGUAGCACCGUAGUCUCCAUAUUUAUAAGUUUGCUGGUUGGGGCACUACUCAUUACAACCCUCUGCACAGGCCUGUUGCUUCCCUACAUUAUAUUUCGGGAUGGCAAACAGAUUCCCAACCUCUUGGCGCUGUUCACUGGGUCAGAGAGUUCCAAUGCCCAGGGAGAGAUGCCACGGUCUUGCUCAGUGUGUGGGGGUGAACGGUGUCAACGGCAGCACCCCAGCGCUGCCAUCCCUUUGUCCAUCCAUGCCCAUGUCACCUGCACUGUUCCCCAGAGUGUUGACGAGGCACUGGAGGAGCUGCUGACGAUGGUGCUGGACAACUAUGUGUACACCUGGUACCAAGAAAUCUCUGUCCACGACCAACUGUCAGAUGAGAUUCGCUACCUCAUUAGAUAUGCGAUGGCAGGGCUUGCCACAAAACUCACAAAGGUUGAUCUGACAAUGGUGAUAACAGACCGUCUGCUGCCAGCUCUAAUCAACCACCUGGAUGCCUAUGUGGAGGGCAGCAGGCGGGUGCGGGGAAACAUAUCCCUGGAGGCGACGGUGGUGCAGUACCUAAGGGCGGGUGGCGGCCUCCACAAGGCAGUGCGGUCGAGGGAGGACGAGGCAGCCUAUCUGAGGGGCGUCUUGGGCACCAUCAUGCCCUUCCUCCUCCCUGAGAAGUACCAGUCCAGCAGGCUAGGACGAACCUUCCUAGAGGAGCUGCUUGGGCGAGUGUUGCUCAUCCAGGCCAUGGACCUGCUGGCUGACCCAGACACUGUUAACCUCCUCUUCCUGCUGCUACUGUCUCGAGACCCCUCGCCAUGGCCUCCUCACAGACCCGAGCCAGAGGUAUUGCUACUCAAGAACUUCGCCUCUGCUAACAGUCACCCACGGAACUCAGUUCUGAGAAGCAACUUGUCCUCAGUGUUGAAGGACCAGAGCCUCCUGUACCUGUUCCACACCUUCUUGAAGGAGGAGGGAGCCAUCAAUGUCCUGCAGUUUUGCCUCGCUGUUGAGGACUUCAACCGCCACAUCCUGGACCCAGACCUGACGCCGGAGCAGAUGGAGCAGCUUCAUCACGACGCACUGGAGCUCUACCACACCUACAUGGUCGCCUCGGCUUUGGACCACAUCAAAUUCCCCACGCACAUUGUGGCCCACAUCAGAGAGAUUGUGCAUGCAGAAGUGAAAGACAUUGUAAAGCUGCGCACCACCCGGCCACUCUUCCAGGCCUAUGAACACGCCUACAACCUGCUGGAACGAGAGUAUCUGCCACUCUUCAUGCACAGCUACACAUACUUUGCACACCUGUGUGGAACAAGGAGCUCCCAAGGCUACCAGAAGAAUGCCACCAGUACAGAGUGCCAGUCUUUCAUACAACUGGAAGUUGAUGCCCUCAACAAGAAGACUGUAGGUAAAGUAGUGGUCAGGAAGGUGGGUAGUGGCCUCAGGCAGAUUGGCAAACAGAUGGUGCUCAAGCCGUCAGUGGUCACCGGGGGAGAGGAUGACCACUCUCUCUACGACAUUGAUGAGGCAGAUGACAUCUCCUUGCUCAUGAGUGAUGAGGGCAGCGGGUCAAUAGGGCAGGCAGUGAGUGGCCUUGAGGGGCUCACAUCCAGCUUUCGGGACCUGAGCGCCUGGAGGGUCAGCAUACCGAGAGUGGAGCAGCGGGUCGACAGCUCCAGCAAGCCGUACUAUGCCUUCAUCGUGGACGUCACAAGGAUUGACGUGUCUGGGGCUGAACACCCAGACGAGCUUCAUUGGGAAGUGGAGCGGCGGUACAAUGAGUUCUACAUCUUGGAAAAUAAACUGACAGAGUUCCAUGGAGAGUUCCAGGACAACCAGCUGCCUCCCAAACGUGCUCUCUUCACCUCCAAAGACAUUGGCUUCAUGCAAACCAGACGCCUGAUUUUUGAGGAGUUUCUUCAGAAGCUGCUGCAGAAGCCUGCCCUGAAGGGCUCACAGUUGCUGUUCCUCUUUCUCAAGACCAAGGAUGAGUUCACCAACAAUUAUCUCCCUGACGUGUCUCUGGGCCGCCUCAUCAGAGAUGUCCCCCGAAAGUUGAUGAAGGAGCGAGGGCAGCACCUUGACGCCUUCAUCAAUGUGUUCCUCUCCUCCACCGUCACUGCCUCCUCCUCUGCUCCUGCCAAGUCAAAGUCAAAGAUGGAUUGGGAGGAGUCCACUGUAGAUGGGAAGCAGAUAGAGGGUACCAAGAUGCCCAAGCAGCUGCUCAAUACCCUAUUUAAGGACAAUGCACAGAGCCUCAACAUUCCUGCCCAAGAGUCUGCACCUCCCCCCCCUGCCAUGAUGACUGUGAUGGGGGUCUUUGACACAAUCCUCUAUCUUGUUGUGCGAGUGUAUGGCCUGUCAAGGAAUGCACUUAGGUGGCUCAUGUGUGUCCGGGCAAUGGUGAGGAACACCAUUGAUGCUGCCAUUAGCUGGUUCCUGCGCCGCAAGUUGGCUCAGGCUCUUGCUCCCCCUCGUAUUGUCACACUUAUACACCUAAUCCGAGAUGGCCUCUUUGUGGACCCUCCUGAGCACCGUUGUGAGAGGGAGCGAAGGUAUAGAGAGAGAGAGCUGCGUCGGGAAGUGGUUGGCCUGCUGUCCCCAUGGCUGCAGCGCUGCCUCUUCACUCAGGACCUGUACAACGAGGGGGCCAACACCCUGGUCACACUCUUCCAACACCCCGUCCUCAACAAGCAGCUCUCGUAUGUGCUGCUGGAUGGAGUGCUCGAUGAGCUGUUCCCAGAGCUGGCUGUCACCCCAGAGCUGUCACCAUUCCUUUCUAACAGCUGAGUCGUCCCAGAUGUAAGCAGUCUUACUGCCGCACAGUCUUCAUAAACAUGGUAAAACUGCGUCUCAUUCUUCCAGGACUUCUCCCUUCCACCUCCCCCACCACCACUCACUCUACACAUGACCAACUGCCCAAAAUAUAUUCUUGGCAUUUGUAAAUACAACCCUUGGGCAGUAGUGUUGUCAACAUCUCCCCUUUGACCCCGCCCAGCAGCAGCUGUUCACAUUCCUCAAUAUUUUUGCACUUUUUCACACUCCAGUCCAUAGUAUGUGUAAGGGUUUGGGUGAGGUGAAGUGACAGCCUGGACAAAGAAAUUGCCACCAGAGGAACAGUUACCCUUAUGAUUAACUAACAUUAAAGAUGCUUAACAAGUGAUUUAGAAAAUAUGUGAUAAAUAAUCUCUUAAUCAUAUUUCUAAAUCUUGAAGGUGCUCCAAAAAAUAUUUUGUAUUUUUGAAGUAAUGAGAAUAGUCACCAACAUAACAGUAACUUAGAUCCUGAGGGUAGAGGCUUUAGUGAUUGGCAGCACAUUAUUUGCAUUUGUAAUAAUAUUCCAAGUUGUACUGAAACUACAUCAUGAAUUCAUGACAGGGACAGACUGACACAAACUUAUAUGAAAUAGUGAUGGUGCUAAGGAGAUUAAUUUAUUAUAAUUUUAGAUACAAUUUUGAUGUGGUUGGGAGAGGGAAAUCUCUAACAUGUAUUCAUUUAUAUAUAUAUCGUUCUGUUACACAUUUAUAAAUUUGAUGUGAUGGGAGACUGUCCAAUGAACUUGUAUAAAGAGGUGUCCCCAGUUGACCUCUGUAGGACCAGACCAAACCAUCUUCAGACCAGCAGCUGGAGGGAGGGAAUGAAAUCACCCAGAAGAGCCACGCUGAAUGGUUUGGUUUAAUCAAAAUACCUACUUGGAUGCUGAAUCUAUGGUGGGUAAGUCCUUUCAUAGUGCCAGUCACUGAUCCUGAGGUAGUGUUGAAUGUAAGUUUAUGACAGAUCAUCACUUGCUCAAUAUGAUUUUUGCAGAAUCUGAAGAUAGUAGUAGAUCCAGAUAGUAGUGAUACUCAGCUGAACACCCAUUCAGAAGCCAUGCCACUGUGGCCAUGAAUAUAUUAUGUCCCUUGUUUUUGCCACACUGAAUAUAGAAAAGUUGUAUACUAAAUAUGUAUACACACACACACACACACACACACACACACACACACAAGCGUAAAGCCCAGGCCCUGUAAAACUACAACUAGGUAAAUACACACACACACACACACACACACACACACACACACACACAUAUGCAUGUACACACACAUGCAUGUACACACACAUUCAUGCGCACACACACACACACACACACACACACACACACACACACACACACACACACACACACACACACACACACACACACACACACACACACACACACACACACACACACACAUACAUACAUACAUACAUACAUACAUACAUACACACACACACACACACACACACACACACACACACACACACACACACACACACACACACACACACACACACACACACACACACACACACACACACACACACACACACACACACACACACACACACACAGCCCAGUAGCUCAGUGGAUAGAGUGUCUGCCUCACAACCAGAAGGAACGGGGUCCGAUUCCCCGGCCGAGUGAAGAUAAGUUGGGUUUAUCUUCUUUCACGUGUAGCCCCUGUUCACCUAGCAAUGAGUAGGUAUGCGACGUCAAGCAAGGAGUUGUGACCUCGUUGUCACGGUGUGUUGUGUGUGAGUGGUCUCAGUCCUACCCAAAGAUCGGUACUCUGAGCUCUGUGCUCUUCCGUAGGGGAACGGCUGGCUGUCUCGAGAGAAACCCGCAGCAGACCAAGAGGUGAAUUACACACACACACACAUGAAUGUAGAUAUGAAUUAAGAUAUGAAUGGGACUAUUAGAGCUUAGCUCGGGCCCUGUAGACUAUAAAUAGGUAAAUACAAAUAGGUAAACACACACACACACACAUGUAGGCAUGCAUGCAUAGAAAAAGACAAAUUGUUGUGAGGGGAGCAGUUUACGAGACAUUUCAGUGGUCAAAAUCUAUGCAAACUUCCUCAGUAGUUUGCCGGGACUUGCCUCUGUAAACUUGAUCCCUUCCCUGACCUUGUGACCCCAACAAGUAGCCACUCAAAGAAACUGAUACAAAUUAGGAUGCUAUAAGUCAUCACUAAUCUAACUUCCUUCAUCAAUAAACUAAGCUUCUCUGUGAAUAAUCUUUGUGUUGAUACUGUAAAUUGCAUACGAUUAGUUGUAGCAUUCAGGGUUUAAAGAGUUUAUACACUGAGGGGCUGAUGACACUUAUUUGUAAGAAACAUUGUGCCAUCAGUGUGUUGCCUGUUACUAUACUCUAGGAACCCCAGAGCAGGUUUGCUGGCUGCUCAGGGUGUCUCAGGCCUUUUCCUCCCUCCACUUUACCACACAGCAAAGUGCUUGGUAAAUUUUUUAGUUUGCUGCAUUUUGUAUAGACAAGAUGAAAUGUUUGCCUAAACCUAUUUUAUGACAAUGCUUGUUGUAUAUGUUUAUUGUCAUGAUGAAUUGUUAAUUGUUCUUUGAAUGAGGUUUGUCAUGACAUCAGAUUUCGUAUGGAAUCUCAGUUUACUCACUAAGCGCUGUUUUGUAUCAGUUUAACUCAAAUAUCUGUGAAGCAUUACUCAGACAGCUGUUCUAUCUCAUCUCUUUCUGUGGAUUCAUGCUGAUAGUAACCUAUAUCUGCUCUGGUAGUCUCAGUUUAUCUUUGCUAAUGUUAAGCCUUCCCACCACUUUCCUUUUCUGUAUAGAUGAUGGAUGGUGUAGAGAGUACUGAUGUAGUCUUUGUAAACUGCCACCUCAUAAGGCAUUGUCCCCUCAAUACUAGUCAUAAUCAGUGAGACCCCACCAUAGCUGCAUCUUUGGAUUCACAGUCUGGCUGAAUGAACAAUGUUGAUUAUCCUCUCAUUUGUGUUUGUUAUUCAUAUGUGUACCAAAGAGGUUAUAUUAUUCCAAUUUUUUUUUUUUUGUCUGUGAUAUAUACAUAUAAUUAUAUUCAUACUGUCAGUUAUAGACUUCCCAGAGCAACACGUUAUUUUUGUGACGGCGGUGGCCAUAGUAAUUUCUGACUGGCAGUUAUUAUGUAUUACUAUUAAAGUCACUGUUACUUUAGUCCUAAGUCUCCUGGCUGAGCCACAGCCUCUGUCUUAGUUGUGUUGACACUUGAAUAUCAGACACAGCAUCAGGGCCAACUAGUAUUAUGUCAUCUGUGCAUAUCAUACUUCAGGACAUAGACGAUCACCGGGUUAACGCGACUUGCCAAACAUGUGGCGAUUGUUUAUCCGUCUUGCACAGCCAUGUCACUCUGGAGACACAUGGCUACUUUGGGCACCCCAAGCAUUAGUCAGUGUAGUGCUGAUGCCAAAAGGGUUGGUGGGCCCAUAUAGUUGUGUCCCAUAAGCUUUUGAAAUGACGUCAAAAUUAGAACAUUUUUAUUAUACCAAUAAAGACAACCCUAUUUGUGCUUCUGAACACUAAAGGUCUACAUAGCAUAUGUUCAUGGUGUUUCUACAAGAGUACAACCAUGAACUAUUGCAUAGACUGAUCAGUAAGAGUGAUCAGUGCAUCAGCGCUGUAAAUAUGUCAGUGAAAGAUUCAGCUUGAUCUCAGGUGGCCUUCCUUUUCAGUGGAAUGAAGCAUAAAGAUAUAUAUGAUAUGAAAAUCAAAACAACAUAAAAGUCCAGACUCAAAAAUCUGAUUAUCGUAGAGCUUGACUUCUAAACUUUGUAGUUGACUAUGUGUGUGCAGACCAAACCCAAAAUGCAUAUCUGGUAGUCCGUAACAAUUGGAUGAUUUCAGUGCUUGUAUGAAAUGAUUCUAGUCACCUAAGCAACAUGUAUAAUAAUUUUAGCACUGAGACAAACACUCUUGGUUGCAGUAUUUCUCUGAGCCAAGUGGUGAAAUGUACAGUCCAGUUCAUGGGAAGCAAAUUAUAUUUAUAUUUGAUUUGAUAUUUCUUAAGGAAGUUAGAUAGAACAACUAUACAUAUUGGGAAAAAGUUUAUAUUAAUGUUGCAUAAUUUUCUAAACGUAUUUUUGAGUAGUUGAAAUAAAAUGUAUGAAGGCUGUUGUGAGUGGCCUCCUGCUGUCAUUCCAGAUUAUAUUAAAGUCAUGUACAUCAUUUA